CUUUCCUCGCCCCACUCGUCUCCUCUUCGUCUCUUUACUCUAUACUUUUUUUUUCCCUGGUGUCCAAGGAUGUUGGCCGCCCUGCAGCUCCUUUCCCUUUCUGGGGCUUCUGCCCACACCCUUUGAUUAUUUUCACCCUCCUUUCGCCCCUUCUCCUUCUUUGUCCUGAUUCUUUUUUUUCUUUCUUUUCUUCCUCUCUUCUCUCUUCAUUCCAUUCUGCUUCUGCACUUCUUCCAGAGCAACGACUUUGUUCGCUUCUUCUCUCCCCUAAACCCUUUACCUUUCGUUGUGAUACCCGAGCUCUUCAAGCCUCGUGCUCUGAGAGCUCUUGUUUUCUGUUAAGAUACCCCCUUAAGAUACCCAAACGGACGUGACUCUUUAUUACGAAGCUACUUCAGCUUCCAUUAACAACUUUUAAUCUCAUCUCUACUAUUAUAAUUACCACUUAAUCCCUAUCGACAACAUGUCCGACGUUCAGAAGCCUGUUGAGGAGACUCCCGCUCCCGCUGCCGCUGCCGCGCCUGUCACCGAAGUGCCUGCUGAGACUCCAGCGACGGAGACUCCUGCUGCUGAGGCUCCCAAGGAAACCCCCACUGAGAACACUGAGGCUACUCCCGCUGCUGCGGAAGAGAAGAAGGAUGAGACCCCCGCUGAACAGCCCAAGGAGGAGGCUAAGGAGGAGGUAACCCCCGCAUCGGAGGGUGUCCUCGGUCACAAGGCCCCCGGUCUCGUCAAGAGUCUGCGCUUCUCCAAGCGCUUCUUCUACUUCAGCGAGGACGCUGUUGAAGCUAAGCAGCUGUCUGCUUUCCACCAGAAUGAGAAGCCCGCCGUUGCCAACCCCAUCGCUGCCUGGGCUAGCCAGACCGGAAAGGGUCUUCUGUUCUUCACCAAGCGCGCUGAGGACAAGAACACUCCUACCGGAAUCUUCAACUUGGCUGAUGUCACUGAUGUCACUAAGGAGGGCUCUAGCGAAUUCCUCUUUAAGGUGAAUGGCCACAAGCACACCUUCCAGGCUGCUAAUGCCACUGAGCGCGACAGCUGGGCUGCUGCCAUUGAGGCCAAGGCUGCCGAGGCUAAGGCUGAGAAGGAGGCCAUCACCUCCAGCGAAGGCUACAAGGCUGAGCUCGAAAAGCUGACCAAGCCCGCUGUCGUUGAGCCCGUAAAGAAGGCCGCUGAAAAGCCCGCUGAGGCCAAGGAGGAGGCCAAGGAGGAGGCGGCCCCUACUGAGGAGACCAAGGACAACAAGGCCAAGAGCCGCUCCCAGUCCCGCAAGCGCGCCAGCAUUUUCGGAACUCUCCGUGGCAAGAAGGAAGAGACUGAGGAGAAGAAGGAAGGUGACAAGGCUGAAGAGGCCAAGCCUGCCGAGGCCGCUGCUGAGCCUGCUGCUGAGGCUUCCGCCACUGCCGAGACUACUGAGGCCCCCGCUGCUCCUGCUGAGCCUACUGAGAACAAGGAGGACAAGGCAGAGAAGGAAGAGGAAAAGAAGGAGGAGAAGAAAGAAGAGAAGAAGGCUGAGACCAAGUCCAAGCGCACUUCCCUCUUCGGCAACUUCUUCCAGAAGGUUACUAGUCCUUCUCACGAGAAGUCUGAGAAGGAGGCCACCGCUCCUGCUGAAACCCCCGCUGUUGCCAGCACUGCUCCUCAGCUCGACAACCCUGUCGAGGAGGCUUCCGUGAAGCCCAUUGAGCCCGAGACUGUGACCGCUCCUGUCGAGGCUGAGGCCGCUAAGGAUGCUGCCCCCGCUUCCCCGGCCGCUGAGACUCCCAAGGACAAGCGCCGCACCUCUUUCUUCGGUAACUUCGGUAAGAAGAAGGGUGACUCUGACAACGAGGCUGAGGGCGAGUCCAAGCCUAAGGGCAACAAGCUUGGUGGUCUUUUCCGCAAGCCCAGCAAGGCCGUGAAGUCUGAACCCAAGGAGACCGCCACCGAGACUGAGGCUAAGGCCGAGGGUGCUCCCAAGGAGGCCACUGUUCCCGAGUCCGCUGAAGAGUCUAAGCCCGCCGAGCCUGCUGCCACCACUGAGGAGGCUAAGCCCGCCACCGUCUCUUCCACCUCUGCUCCUGUCCAGGCCGCCGCUUGAAGUGCUUCAAGGCGCGUCAUUGAGUAUGAAAACUGGUGGGAUCAAUAUGGAGUACACGCUUAGUGUUUCUCCCUCCCAGUGAUGAGUGCCCAUGGUCUCAUAAUUGAACAAAAAAACAAAAAGAAAGAAUCAUUAGUAAUUGUUUAUUGAUAUUAUUUUGUGUUGAUUCCAGUGUUACUGCUUUGGUGCCUUGCUUCGCAGCGAGGAUCUUACCAAAUUGAGUGACAAUGAUACCCUCUGCUGCUUUGGCGGUCAUUUCCGACUCUGAUGUUCUUUUCGCUUCUGGGUCGCAUUUCAUUCAUUUAUGAUAUCCGUUCCCGCGAGGAUCCCCUAAUUUGGCCUUGCGUGCGUUCUGUUGUGCGCCGUCCAAACUAGAUUGAUACCACUGUUGUUUGUGUUUUCAUGGUUGGUUUAGUUCUGAUUGUCUUCGCCAUUUGAUGCUUUGUACUUUGAUACCCUAUUGGGAGGAAGGAUGGUCUUUGCCAGGGCGGGUCCCGCACUGCGCAAAUCGACCCCAAUCGUCUACUGUCGUGGGCACGUUCCAUGGCGUGCAUACGCCGUGUGUACUAGCGCACAGCAUCAUAGGUAAUAGUUAAUAGAAUCCAUACUUGUCAUUGUA